AUGGGCAUUGGCAAUUGCGAUUCGAGUAAUUCGCGUUUGAAUCAAGUAAUUAAUUCAACAAUGAGGUCUUCGCGGUGGCUUCGAUGUCGCCCCUUCUCAAAUCGUUUUCUAAUCGUCUCACUUUUGGCUAUUGCAUUCGGUUUAUACUGCUGCUACUACAAUGUAUCUACAACAUCAUUCUCUAAACAAGGUAAUAAUAACGCGAACGAAAGGGUUAUUGCACUAAAGCACAUCCGCGCACCGGAGUCAGUAAAAAUGGAACAAUGUCCGGUCGUACGAGAGAGCGUAGCUGAGGUCGAUACGGUUUCCGUUUUUCCGACAUUCGAGUUUCAGCCAAACUGGCUUCGCACAAAAGAAUUUUGGGAUCGAAGUUUUGAAGAGCGUUAUGAGAAAACUAAAAACGACAGCCGGCGGCCGAAGUUGAAGGUAAUCGUGGUGCCACACUCUCACAACGAUCCCGGCUGGUUAAAGACUUUCGAACAGUACUUCGAAACGAAAACCAAGAAUAUAAUCAACAACAUUGUGAUGAAGCUCAACCAAUACCCGAAUAUGACGUUCAUAUGGACCGAGAUAUCUUUCUUGAACGCCUGGUGGGAACGGUCGCACCCGGUGAAGCAGAAGGCGCUAAAAAAAUUGGUCAGGGAAGGAAGACUAGAGAUCACAACCGGAGGCUGGGUGAUGCCGGAUGAAGCCUGUACACAUAUCUAUUCGCUCAUCGAUCAAUUCAUUGAAGGUCACGUGUGGGUGAAGGCGAACCUCGGAGUCACACCGAAAAUUGGUUGGUCCAUCGAUCCCUUUGGCCACGGAGCGACGGUGCCUUACUUACUCGACCAGAGUGGUCUCGAAGGCGCUAUUAUACAGAGGAUACACUACGCCUGGAAGCAGUGGUUUGCGCAGCGGCAAAUAGAAGAGUUCCACUGGAUGCCUGGCUUCUCCUCCACUAAGCCGUCGCUCGUCGUCCACAACCAACCCUUCGAUAUCUACUCCAUUAAAUCCACGUGCGGGCCCCAUCCAGCUAUUUGCCUCAGUUUCGACUUCAGAAAGAUACCUGGGGAGUACUCAGAAUACACAGCAAAGCACGAAGACAUCACCGAACAUAACCUGCACAGUAAAUCCAAAACUCUCAUGGAAGAAUACGACCGUAUAGGAACCCUCACGAAACACAACGUGGUGUUGGUGCCGUUAGGUGACGACUUCAGAUAUGAGUACGGCAUAGAAUUUGACGCUCAAUACGUGAACUAUAUGAAAAUGUUCACAUACAUCAAUCAGCACAAGGAUCUCUUCAACGCGGAAGUCACCUUCGGUACGCCGAUUGACUACUUCAAUGCGGUCAAAGACAGAAGCGCCAACAUACCUACACUGCGUGGUGAUUUCUUCGUAUACUCCGAUAUCUUCAGCGAAGGCAAACCCGCGUACUGGUCCGGCUAUUACACCACGAGACCGUACAUAAAAAUUGUGGCUCGUCAGUUCGAACAUCAGCUGCGAACGGCGGAGAUACUUUUUACGUUAGUGUCAAACUACUUACGCCAAUCGAAUAAGCAUAUGUUCGAAUCAUCAGAGCGUAAACUUGAAAAGUACUACGAGCAAUUGAUCUCGGCGAGACGGAAUUUGGGCUUAUUUCAACACCACGACGCGAUUACUGGUACCUCGCGAGCGAGCGUCAUGUACGAUUAUGGUACUAAACUAUUUACAAGCUUAUACCAUUGCAUACGCUUACAAGAAGCCGCCAUAACAACCUUGAUGAUACCAGACAGCAAACUGCACACCCAAAGCAUUCUACAGAGCGAAUUGGAAUGGGAAACAUACGGCAAACAACCAAAGAAAUUACAAGUUUCAAUUGUAGACAAGAAAACAAUUGUCCUCUUUAACCCCCUCGCUGAAAGAAGAACGGAAGUAAUAACACUGCGAUCGAACACUACAAACGUCCGCGUAUACGAUACGUAUAAUAAAAACUAUGUGAAGUACCAAAUUACACCCAAUAUCCACGUGCAGGAGAAUGGAAAAUUCGCUAUCAGCGAUGUUAACUUUGACAUAAGCUUCGUCGCUCAAUUGAACGCUUUCAGUAUUGUAACAUACAAGCUAGAAGAAUAUACAAACCAUACACAACAUUGUACGGUAUUUUGUAACAAUUGCACAGAACAGAAGGGAGAUUCGGAGAAACCAAACAACUUCGUCAUUAAGAAAAUGAUGCCAGGCAAUAUUCAACUGGAGAACAAUAUUAUGAAGCUACUGGUAGACCGCAACACCGGCUUCCUAAGACAGAUAUACAGGAAGGAUAUCCGCAAGAAGAACAUUGUUGACAUUCAAUUUGGUGCUUACCAAAGUGCGCAGAGGCACUCCGGUGCUUAUUUGUUUAUGCCGGAUUACGAUCCGCCCGAAAAGGACGUCCUGGGCCCAUAUUCGAAGGGGAACAAUCAGGACGAAAACGUAAUUAUAGUGUCCGGGCCCGUAUCGACUGAAAUAACAACAAUGUACUUGCCAUUCCUAGUUCACACCCUGAGAAUAUAUAACGUCGAUGAUCCCGCUCUGUCUCAUGGGAUCUACGUUGAAAACAUCGUCGAUUUCGAAAAUCCGCCAAAGAACCGCGACACCGAAUUUUACAUGCGACUCCAGACGAACAUACAAAACGGCGACACGCCCGAAUUUUAUACCGAUCAAAACGGAUUCCAGUAUCAAAGGAGGGUGAAAGUAGAUAAACUGGGAAUCGAAGCGAACUACUACCCCAUAACUACUAUGGCCUGGAUACAAGACUCUGAAACUAGGUUAACGUUGCUAACGAAUCACGCGCAGGGCGCCGCAGCGUUUGAACCGGGACGACUUGAAGUGAUGCUGGACCGGCGGACUCUAUAUGACGACUUCAGAGGAAUCGGUGAAGGUGUUGUCGACAAUAAACCGACAGUAUUCACAAACUGGCUACUACUAGAACCCAUCAACGAAAGAGCUAAAGCGGACGCGAAUAGCCGCGUCUCAAGACAUUUUAACGAGAGACGGUUUAACACAGACACUGCCCCAAUUUACGAACUACCCUCACGAACUGCGGACUUCUUGAGCAGAUCUCUCAACUACCCCGUUAACACCUACAUCGUAGACACGAGCGAGGUUGGUGAUGUUGAAGUGAAAUCGAAUCAAGAGUUUCUAGAAAAUUUCCCCCCUGGCAUUCACGUUUUAUCGCUGCGCACGAUAACUGAUGAAGUAUUAGAACAAUUUCCAAGUAGUUCCUGUUUUAUGAUACUGCAUAGGCCGGGCGUUAGUUGCGAUAUUCAGGACGGUAUGCCUAAACCGACCGCGUCGUUCACAAGUAAUUCUAAAUUUAUCGGACUCAAUAUAAAUGAUAUUGCUUCGGUCAGUCUAACUGGUCUCAAAACGUAUGGGAAUCUGACUAGUUUAGCAAACAUCACCUUAAAUCCAAUGGAGGUUAAGACAUAUAGAGUUCGGUUUUAA